UUAUUGGAUCCAACGAUGGCAAAAGGAUGAAAAAUUUCCUUUUAGUCCUCCUUGGCCACUCUUUCUUGUUGCCUUAAGGUAAGGAAAGAAUAUUCCUUCUCACAGUAGCAGGAUGAGUAGCUUCAAGUCCUUGAUCUUAAUAAAAGCAGUGGGACUGAGCGCUGAGAAAGGGGAAUACAGACUAAGAAAAGGAUGCGGCCGAUUCCCAUUUUCCCAGAGUCUCCAGUGCGGCCUAUUCAUUUAUCUUCUGUCAUUUAGAUAGAGGUAAGACGUUUUCAGGACCAACUGAUUUCUCAAAAGAGAUAAAGGAUAAGUUUGGGGCUUACAGUAAAAUGUGAUAAGUACAGGAAUAGAAAAAGAUAUCAAGUCAAAAGAACAGGGACCAAAAAGGGGGAGGGGCUUGCAACAAAGUGAAGAUCACCCCAGUCCCCCUCUACCCCUACUACCACCAUCAAUGAAAAUCUUCCCUCUUACAAGACAAGGACCAUAUGGCAAAGUUGUUUGCCUCCCAAAGAGCAAGCAAAAUACUUAACCUAUAGGGCACAGUAGAAAAUGAACAAAAACCAAUGCUGAGAUGACACUUACAAAAUAGUUUAAAGCAACAACCCAAAAUGAAACAUGAUUCCCGUGACAGAGUUCCGGCAGUUCUCUGAGCAGCAGCCUGCCUUCCGGGUGCUGAAGCCGUGGUGGGAUGUGUUCACCGAUUACCUCUCCGUGGCCAUGCUGAUGAUCGGGGUGUUUGGUUGUACUUUACAGGUCAUGCAAGACAAGAUCAUUUGCCUUCCGAAAAGAGUUCAGCCGUCUGAGAACCACUCUUCCGUUCUGAAUGUCUCUCAAGCAGUUGCCGGAACCACCCCACUGCCUCCACCUAACCCAUCUUCGACUAACCCGGUCACUGUGGAAAUGAAAGGCCUGAAGACAGAUCUGGACCUUCAGCAGUACAGCUUUAUAAACCAGAUGUGCUAUGAGCGAGCCCUCCACUGGUAUGCCAAGUACUUCCCUUACCUUGUCCUCAUCCACACCCUGAUCUUCAUGCUGUGCAGCAACUUUUGGUUCAAGUUCCCUGGUUCCAGCUCCAAAAUAGAACAUUUCAUCUCCAUCCUGGGGAAGUGUUUUGACUCUCCCUGGACCACACGGGCUUUAUCGGAAGUGUCUGGGGAGGACUCAGAAGAGAAGGACAACAGGAAGAACAACAUGAGCAGGUCCAACACCAUCCAGUCUGGUCCAGAAGGCACCCUGGUCAACUCGCAGUCAUUAAAGUCAAUUCCUGAGAAGUUUGUGGUUGACAAAUCCACUGCAGGGGCUCUGGAUAAGAAGGAAGGGGAGCAAGCGAAGGCCUUAUUUGAGAAGGUGAAGAAGUUCAGGCUGCAUGUAGAAGAAGGUGAUAUACUAUAUGCUAUGUAUGUUCGCCAGACUGUACUUAAGGUUAUAAAAUUCCUAAUCAUCAUUGCAUACAACAGCGCCCUGGUUUCCAAGGUCCAGUUUACAGUGGACUGUAAUGUUGACAUCCAGGACAUGACUGGGUAUAAGAACUUUUCUUGCAAUCACACCAUGGCACACUUGUUCUCAAAACUCUCCUUUUGCUACCUGUGCUUCGUAAGCAUCUACGGGCUGACGUGCCUUUACACCUUAUACUGGCUGUUCUACCGCUCUCUAAAGGAAUACUCUUUUGAGUAUGUCCGACAGGAGACUGGAAUCGAUGAUAUUCCAGACGUGAAAAAUGACUUUGCUUUUAUGCUUCAUAUGAUAGAUCAGUAUGACCCUCUGUAUUCCAAGCGAUUUGCAGUGUUCCUGUCUGAAGUGAGUGAAAACAAAUUAAAGCAGCUGAACUUAAAUAACGAGUGGACUCCCGACAAGCUGAGGCAGAAGCUACAGACGAAUGCCCACAACCGCCUGGAAUUGCCUCUCAUCAUGCUCUCUGGCCUUCCAGACACUGUCUUUGAAAUUACAGAGUUGCAGUCGCUAAAGCUUGAGAUCAUUAAGAACGUGAUGAUACCAGCCACCGUUGCGCAGCUAGACAAUCUCCAAGAGCUCUCUCUCCACCAGUGCUCGGUCAAAAUCCACAGCGCAGCGCUCUCCUUCCUGAAGGAAAACCUCAAGGUCCUGAGCGUCAAGUUUGAUGACAUGAGAGAGCUGCCCCCUUGGAUGUAUGGACUCCGGAAUCUGGAAGAGCUCUACCUGGUUGGCUCUCUAAGUCACGAUAUUUCCAAAAACGUCGCCCUGGAGUCUCUGAGGGACCUCAAAAGCCUUAAAAUCCUCUCUAUCAAAAGCAACCUUUCCAAGAUCCCUCAGGCAGUGGUGGAUGUGUCCAGCCAUCUCCAGAAGAUGUGCAUACAUAACGAUGGCACCAAGCUGGUGAUGCUCAACAAUUUAAAGAAGAUGACCAACCUGACCGAGCUGGAGCUGGUGCACUGUGACCUGGAGCGCAUUCCUCACGCCGUGUUCAGCCUGCUCAGCCUCCAGGAAUUGGACCUCAAGGAGAAUAAUCUGAAAUCUAUAGAAGAGAUCGUUAGCUUCCAGCACCUGAGGAAGUUGACAGUGUUAAAACUGUGGCAUAACAGCAUCGCCUAUAUCCCAGAGCAUAUAAAGAAACUCACCAGCCUGGAGCGUCUGUCCUUCAGUCACAACAAAAUAGAGGUGCUUCCUUCCCACCUCUUCCUAUGCAACAAAAUCCGAUACUUGGACUUGUCCUACAAUGACAUUCGUUUUAUCCCCCCUGAAGUCGGAGUUCUACAAAGUUUACAGUAUUUUUCCAUCACUUGUAACAAAGUGGAGAACCUUCCAGACGAACUCUACUUCUGCAAGAAACUUAAAACUCUGAAGAUUGGGAAAAACAGCCUAUCAGUACUUUCACCAAAAAUUGGAAAUUUACUGUUCCUUUCCUACUUAGAUCUUAAAGGCAAUCACUUUGAAACCCUUCCUCCCGAACUAGGUGACUGUCGAGCUCUGAAGAGAGCUGGUUUAGUUGUGGAAGAUGCCCUGUUUGACACUCUGCCUUCUGAUGUCCGGGAGCAAAUGAAAACAGAAUAACUUAUUUUUGUUUAAAGUUUGACUGAAACAUGCUUCUACCAAAUACAGUAUAAAUAAUUAGGUAGUGUUAAUGCCUUUCCAGUUUUUCUUUUCACACAAAACAAAAUGUACACAAAGAUCAAGUCAGGAGUAUGUAUUUUUAAAUAAAAAUUUAAUUGUAUUUUUUCAAUAUUAAUAUUUUAAAGUUUUAUUUGUCUUGGAACCUAAUGUACCUAUUAUUGUUUUUUACUAACAGAAACUGAUGGUUCCAUCUGUUUUUUGUUUUGUUUUUGUUGUUUUUGUUGUCGUUGUUUUUCAGUUAAUUCUUGUGAAAGGGAAAGCAUUUUAAGUUGCAUGCUUCCAGGUGUUUUUUUAAAUAGAUGAAGAUAUUUUGCCAAGGUCAUUGUUAGCUUGUUUACACCUGUACAGUUCCUUGCUCUUUCUGUCAUUGUGUGUAUACCAAGGAAUCUGUGCUAGUUAUUUUAAUACCAGCUGCCUUCUCCAUUGACCAAGCCCUUCAUUCUAUAAAACACUCUUUUCUGGAGUUUAAAUUCACAUAAGUGCAUUGACACAAACUAUUUUCUUUAAAUUCGCCCGCCCCCCACCUCCAAGAGAAUCCUAAAUUACGUUAUUUCAUAUACCUGACAGUUAAAGUUAUCCUUAGGCAAGGAUUUUUUUAAGUGAGUGAAGAUAAUAAUUUCCCAUAGUUGGCAUGCUUGAAUUCGUCAUUUAUAAUUUAAUCAAUUACCAUUUUUACCAACAUUUAAAAAUAUGUAAAAGCUAAAUACAGAGGCUCCCCCCAUAAAUCUCAAUAUAGCUAAGUAGUACUGGUGAGCAACCUUAGAGAAGCUAGAUUUAUUUUCAUUAAAACAGGUAAUUAAAUUUAAAAAUCAUAGAAUUAGAAGCCUGGUUUUUUGAGUAAUUUAAUCAUCUUUGAUGUCUUGAUAUGUAGAUACAUCAGAUGGAAAAAUAUUUCACUACUAAAGCAUUCUGUUAAAGAGCUGGUACACGCCAGUCAGGCCCACUGGUUCCUCCGGGCAGUGUGGCAGUGGAAUCUAUUCAAAUUCUGCCUGCUGCACAAAAUAAUCCACAUAUUUAUAUAUAUAAUCAAUUCCCCUCAAGUCUGCCCUUGCUGUGACGCUAGUGAUUCAAACACAGGAACCCUGUAUGUCCUCUUUGGCUUAAAAUAAGUAUAUCAUGUAGAAUGGUUCUAUUACAUUUUUCUGAAAUUGCUAAGUGGAUAUCACUUAGCAAUUUUGCCUGAUGAUCAGUAGAGCUUUCAUGUCUUUGUACUUAAAAAUCCAACAUUUUCUAGGUCGUGGGCAAAAUUUUUCGCUAACUGUAAAAGUGUUUGGAACAGAAAAUGAAAACACUAUUUGUGCCCACAAUCCAGGACCAGUACUACUGAUCAUGGAAUUUUGUUCUGUUUACCAGAUCACCUGGACCAUUUGCCAAGCCCUAGUCUCCUCUACGAAAGUUCUGUGGCUUAACAAUGAGAGAAAGUAGGAAGAUGCUUUGGGGUUUCAAAAUGCUGCCUUUAAAAUUUGCCCCUUGAUCCUGGUGACGUUGCUCAGUGCUACUUUGAGUCAUAUGAAACACAACCACAGGAACUACUCAGCAGAUACAUGUGCCUCAGUCGUGUGUUUAAUAUUGCAGUACAGCAUGGGGUGAAGAAUUGGGGAAAGAUGCUUUUCAUUUACUUAAUAAUCUAAUCCUGUAGACCAAAGUGCUUCACAUUUCUGCUCUAUGUCCAAGGGUUAGAAUGGUGAUUAAUAUAACUGAUUUAUUUCAACCUGCAAUUGAAACAAUAGUAACAUGUUAUAUUUCUUGUAGGGUAAAAUAUUCAACUCCAGAAUAUUGUUAGGAUCCUGAUUAUGAACAGUGUGCUGCUGCACAAAAUAAUCCACAUAAUCUCUCAUAUUAAUGUGCUAUAUUUAGAAACAUAGGCCUGUUUUAAACAAACAAAAAACCUGGAAGAUUGUCCAUAGUUGAGGAUGUCAAAAAUACCCCCUUGAAAGGUAAACUUCAAGAGCUACUGUUAAAACACUGGGUGCACUAUUUUUCUGUAUAAAAUUUAUGGUUAUUUUCUAUAUCACUCUUCAAAAGGGAUCUAUUCAGGUUCAAAAUCAUAUUGAUGCUAAAGUCUUUAUCUGGUGUUAACUCAUAAUCUCACAUGGGUUCAUAACUGAAGUAAGUCACUAGUAAUUAUUUUAUCACUUAAUAACAACUUGCUCAAAAUUCUAAAAGAACUCGAUUUGCUUUCUUAAAGAGUCCGCAGGCUGACCCUUCACCCAAGUUCUAAAUAACAUCCAAUAAAUCAGCAUAGUUCCAUGACUUUCUGUUUUCACUAAAAAGGAAAAUUCAUAGAUGUUUCUAUUAGCUUUUUUAAAAAUUCAAAAUUCUCAAACUCUAUCUUGAGUCGAAAUUUUCUAACGCUGGCCCAUUUUAAUAUUAUAGAUUUUUGUUCACAUUCUUAAGUAAAAAAGCAUUCAAGUAUUUUGCCUUUAAAAGAGAAACUCAGGUAACUAAUCUGCUCACUUUUCUAAAGUCCUUUAAUAGAUCCACUUCAUAUAAAAGGGAUGUUUACCUAAUCUUUUCCCAUAUUUUAUAAAUGUUCUUGCUAAGAAAAAAGAGAGAGAACUUCUAUAGGAUCCAUGGGAAACUGCUUGUAUAAAUAUAAAAGCACCAUAUAUACUCUAACUCCUUUGGGUGCUUGAAGCCCAUAACAGCUAAUCUUUUUGGUCUGUUUCAAUGGUUAAGUAUAGAUAGCCUGGCUGAUGGGCUGGUUGAAACGGAGCGUAUUAAGUAUAUCCCAAUGGAACUCGCCUAAGAUCACACCUCAGAAAACUAGUUAUGUGUUGGGUUUUCAUUUCAUUUGUUUUUAACUGCACUUUUAAUAUAAAGGUUCUUGAUACAGUAAAAUCUGUUAUUUACAAUUUUUUAUUGUUCACCCACCCUUUUUCCUGCCACACAUUCCCCGUAUAGCUAAUCGUAGUGAGUUCUAACAGUUUACAUGGCAUCAUCCUGCUUUUUCAUAACGGUAUGGGAAAUAUGCCUGCUGUCAGUAUUUUGUUCAUUUAGAGGUGACUCCUUAUCUGUCUCUCAAGGCCUUGAGUUACUUGGGAUGAGGAAAGUUUAAGUUCCUGCAAUAUGAUCUCUGAUAUUAAGGAAGAGAAGACAAAAUCUUCACAUCUCUUAUUGCCGUUUCCCCCAAGAGGUGUUUUGCUGUUAUUUAUUUUUCUCAUUCUACUGUAAGAAAAGUUCAUUUUUAAGUAGUUUAUUUUACUCUCUAAUUUCAUACCUGAUCAAUAGUAAUGACAUAUUUACUUAAACAGUGGGCAUUCAUGAUCCAUCUGUAUGCAAACUGUCAGUAGUACUUAGUAAUGAAUAGAUAAAUUUCAAUAUAAUUUCAAUUUGUGUUUAGAGACUAAAUUAAGAUUCAAUUCAUAUUCUCCUAUUAAUACUGAAUGUGAUCAUGUUAUUCAGACAGUUUACAUUGGGUAGGAUCUCAAUAACUCAGGGUCCAGUUCCAUACUAAACCUAAAUUAGCAAAACAACACAGUUGUUAGUGAAGGGGAUGUCUCGAAGGUCUAAGCUUUUCUCAUCUUUCCUUGUCUAUUAAGACACAUUGUAAGAAAAUCUGGACAGUCUCAACCAGACCUGCUGCUGGCUUUUCAGAUUCACGCUUCAGUGACAUGCUUAGGGAUCCACUCUUAUUUCAUGUUCUCAAGCCAGUCACUGACACAGGUAACAUCCCUAGGUUCAUUUUGGGUAGAAGGAAAAAGGACCUCCUCCCACCCCCAAGGAAAUUUUUUUAAAUUAGAAGACCUUGAAAGGGGAUAUAUACAUUUGAACUUAAUUUCUUGACCAUAUUAAAAACAGUUAUUACGCAUGGUUUUUAAUGUGAUAUAAAUUUGCUUUCUGCUAAUUACCAUUCCCCCUCCCACCUGAUUCUGUCUCUUUAAUGACUAUUUUACUAAGUUUGAAAUCCAACGCCUUACGUGCUCACUCAGUUUUCCCUCGGCCUCGUGUUUUCUCUCCCUGUCUGUAUGUGUUCACAUUGUGUCGAAUGCUGGCAAAACCUCUAAGACUGUCAAGAAAAUGCUUGAAAUUUGAUUUGUCGUCGUGCAAAUUCAUGGUAAAAUGUCUUAAUGUUAUUUGGCUAUGUAGUACGUAGGAACAGAAAAUAACUUAAAUAAAGUCAUUUUUGUAAUGUAAAA